AACAUCGGCAUCUAUUAAGGUUUUUAAUGAUAUUGAUAAAUCAAAAUAUCCCAGUAGUUUUUAUGCAGUAUAUUUACUAUAUUGUUGUUUACGAAAGCCAAGUAGGCUCGUAUAUUCGCUUAAUUUACAUAAUUUCGAGUAUAUCCAAAUUCCUUACAUAAAGUAGCCGAUAGUGAAUCGUCUAACACGAAAAGUAACUAAUUAAAGUAGUAAUUAAUUGAAUUUAUUGCGGUUUUCUUUGUUGAGAAAUGCAUUCAUUCAUAUUUUUACCAGAUUGUUCUGGCAGUCUCGUUGCUGUAACGAUACGAAGAAAGGAGUUAUUUAACUCGUAUUUCAUAAGAGGAAGAAAGGUGGAUUUAGACUAAGUUUAUAUGACGUAUCUCGUAGCAAUUCGUAAAAUUUAUUGAGAUACACGUCCUUGAGAACUUCGCGAUUGUCUGCGAGUGCAUCGUGGCCGUUUUGGGCGUGAAGGACGAUGUAUAUAAUUAGAAAACGGUCGCUAGAUUGGUCAUUGUUUUUUCCCCUUUAUACCACUAUCCAAUAGAGAUAAAGUUAUUAAAAAAAGAGAAAAUUCUGCGAAAUCCAUGGAUAUCCUUUCAAAGAACAGAAUCGGCAUUGUUAUUCGUCAGUUACACAUCAGAUGACAUGAAACUUAUCGUAACAUCGCUGUUGACACUGCUGUUUGCGGAAGAGAUGGCAUGCCACAGGGAAAAGUAUCAAAUGUCGUGUUAUCCGCUCGAUUCCUGCCACAGCUCCGAUCGGUCUCAACAUAAUCGAAAUUGCAAAUGCGAUAGAUAUUGCUCCCAAUAUGGCGACUGCUGUCUAGACGCAAAAUUUAAGUACUACGCCAGCAACAUCAGCCAACCCAAAAUGGAAUGCCAUAAGACGGGCAUUUCUAAAGGUUAUUACGUGGUUGCAUCGUGCGACAGAUACUGGAAAGACCGCUACAUUUUACGAAAAUGUCAAGAAAGUGCCGACAUAACCGAUCCCCUAUCGAAAAUUCCGGUAACCAGCGGGGUGACCAGCACGAGUUAUCGUAAUUACUACUGCGCCAUUUGUAAUUACGAUAGUCACGAUUUAGAUUUUUGGUUAGUAUCUUUACGCUUCUCGACGUUGGAAGCUAACGAGAAGGAAAUGUUAGUUAAUAAUUAUAUAAAAACGCAUCUAACUUACAACCCCUACUGUAGAGAAUGGGGGGUUUGGCUUUACGGUACUUUCCAUAUCGGCAAAAUGAACAUUUAUCCACCGAGCGAUUACGAAGACGACGUUUUCAGGACCUGUUUUCCGGACGUAACUUCGCACUGCGCUCCAAACUGGAGGAUCGAAGCCAUUAGACACAAAUGCCAAUCUUACACGGCUAUGGUGUUCCGUACCGGGAGCGAAAACGGAUACAAGAACGUCCAUUGCGCCCUUUGCAAUUACGUAAGCACUCAUUUGUUAAAGUGUAGCCCCGAGAAAUUGGAUCCGUCUUUGUAUCGCAGAGUGGUUUCUUUGGCUUCUCUACUGGAAAUCAAAACCAGCGAUUGCAAUACCGGAGAAUACUACGAUCCAUUUUUUAAGAAGUGUCGUAACGUUGUUUGCGGGUUUUCUAAUCGAAUUUUGGUCGGUGGAAAAUGUGUACGAAUCGGAAGAAAGGGUAAAUAAUACACUACACGGAUGCUAACCGUUACGCUUAUUUUUAGGAAGAAUUGUAUUAACGAGCUUGCAUUUGCCUCGUCGCUCAGAUUCUGUACACAUUUAAUCAAAUUCUGUAUUUGUAAU